AAUUCAACCACAACAGUCAUCAAACAAAAAUUUCAGAAUAAAUGUACACAAAUCUAGGAGCCAAAAUCAGAUUCUCAUUCAAUAUUUAAGCAUGAUAUACAGGAAAUGAAUCAAGAACAAAAUACCUAAGUUCGGCAACACCUAAGUUCGGCAACACUUCUAGAUUCCAGAAACAAACUCGAAUUUCCUUUUUUGCCUUUGAUUCCUCAAGCCCGAAAGUCUCAGUACUCUCUGAUUUUUUUCUCGCACUCGUUCUGCCUCUCUUCAGUUUUUGUCCUCCCUUUUUCUUUCUUCUCUUCCUUUUCUCUGCUUUUUCCUUUUUCUUUCUUUUUUUUUUUCUUUUCGUUCCCCUCUUUCACCCGAAAAGCUCUCCCCCUUUUAUAGGCAAAAUUGGAGCCAUCCGAUUGCCUUCCUUAAAUCCCGACCGUUCCUAGUCCUGGAAUUGCCGCCCACCUAGCCUUAGAGUUGCCACCCACCUAAAGCCCUAGAUUCCUUCAACUUGCUUCAGAUCCAUGACUUGAGGGGAUGAAUGGCUUGGUGACAAGGCUUCCACGUAGAUCCCUUCACAUGGGAUGAAGGAGGAAGGGACCGAUUUGGAGAGGAAGGGGGAGGAAUCCAUCCCGCAAGUGGCGGCACAAGAGGACAAAGGAGCGAGUUUCCAACCCAGCCCGGGGAGGGGGGAAUGCACCAGGGUGACUAUUGCCACUAGAGCUCAAGGGCCAGACAUCAAUGGCUAUUUUCCCUUUAAAUGCAUGGGUUUAGAAGGUUUUGAAGGAAGGCAAAUGGGAUAUUCAGGACUCUUUCUGAUCUUAUUUUUCUCUGUUUUUCUCAUAAAUCUCGUUUCUUCUGCCGAUCCUUACUUCCAGUUUAAUUGUGCUAACAAUGGCAACUUCACCGCAAACAGCACCUACGGGACCAACCUCAACCUUCUGUUUUCUCAGCUAUCCACCACGGCCGAUUUCAGUUAUGGGUUCUACAAUUUGUCUGUCGGUCAGACCCCUGACCAGGUCAAUGUAAUCGGACUCUGCAGGGGAGACCAAAAAGAGGACGCUUGCAGAAGUUGCCUGAACGAGACCGUCUCCGAGCUCGAGCAGCGAUGUCCCAACUACAAAGAGGCGAUCGGAUGGUCGGAAUUCUGUACGUUACACUACUCAAGUCAACAACUCUUUGGAUCCAUGGAAUCCAGUCCUUCGGCUAUACUUCUUAAUGUUAACAACGCAUCGGAUGUCAAUGGGUUCAAUCAGGCGUUGAGCUCCUUGCUGAAUAACUUAAGCAGCCGUGCCGCAGCCGAAGGACCUCUUCUCAAAUAUGCGGCGGGAAAUGGAAAUGCGAGCAACACAACUCGAACAAUCAUCAUUGCCGUUAUUCCUUCAGUUGUAGGUAUUCUGUCACUUGUCUUCUGUAUUUGGAUCUGUUUAAGAUGCAAAAAGCCAAGAGAAAUUUUUGAAACUGCAGAAGCUGAUGAAAUGAUCAAAACCGAGUCUUUGCAAUAUGACUUAGCCACUGUUCAGGCCGCAACUAAUAACUUCUGUGAUGAAAAUAAACUUGGACAAGGAGGAUUUGGAGCAGUUUACAAGGGCAAGCUUCUAAAUGGACAAGAAGUAGCCGUGAAAAGGUUAUCUAGUGGUUCUGGACAAGGAGACUUAGAAUUCAAGAAUGAGGUUCUCUUAGUGGCCAAGCUUCAACACCGGAAUUUGGUAAGACUAUUGGGCUUCUGUUUGGAAGGAGAUGAAAGGCUUCUCAUCUAUGAAUUUGUGCCAAACACAAGCCUUGAUCAUUUUAUUUUUGAUCCAAUCAAGCGUGCACGACUAAAUUGGGAUAGCCGUUACAAAAUCAUUGGAGGCAUAGCUCGUGGCCUCCUUUACCUACAUGAGGAUUCUCGUCUUCGAAUAAUUCAUCGCGAUCUCAAAGCAAGUAACAUUUUGUUAGAUGAAGAUAUGAACUCUAAAAUUGCAGAUUUUGGCAUGGCAAGAUUAUUCGUAAGAGAUGAAACACAAGGCAAUACUAGUAGAAUUGUGGGAACUUAUGGAUACAUGGCUCCAGAGUAUGCAAUGCAUGGGCAGUUCUCAAUAAAGUCAGAUGUCUUUAGUUUUGGCGUGUUACUUUUGGAAAUUGUAAGUGGUCAAAAAAAUAGUUGUUUCCGAAAUGGGGAGAACAUAGAGGACCUACUAAGUUAUGCAUGGAAAAACUGAAGGGAAGGAACAGGAUUAAAUCUCAUAGAUCCAAUUUUGAGGAAUGGUUCGACAGCUGAAAUGAUGAGAUGCAUCCAUAUUGCUUUGCUAUGUGUCCAAGAAAAUGUUGCGAAUAGACCAACCAUGGCUUCAGUUGUUCUCACACUUAGUAGCAAUUCAACCAGUCUCCCAGUGCCUUCUCAACCUGCAUUUUUUAUGCACAGCACCAUUGAAUCAGAUAUGUCAUCCUCUUUUGGCUACAAUUCAUGGGUAUCAAACUCAAAGAGAUCAAAGGAAGAAUCACUCCCCUUGACAAAUAAUGAAGUUUCAAUCACAGAGUUAUAUCCUCGAUAGUUUGAGAUUCAAAGGUACAAUUAGAUUCACAUUGUCAAUCCCGUUCAGAAUAAUGCUAGAAUUCACUUAUUAGAUGUACUGUUAUCUAAUACCAGUUCGUUCUUUGUAAGCAAGACUACUUCCAAGCACGGAAUACAGUGUAUAAUUUGAU